UUUCUGUUUACCUCGAUUGUCAUGUCAUCUUUGUAACCCUUGAAUGAUAAUCCAGCAUCUUAAAUUUACAUUAUAUGUGUCAUGUAUUUCGUUAAGAGUGGCAGUGUGGUUUUGUUGUUGUUGUAAUGUACGGGAAUUAGGAUACAGGUUCAGGUUGACGGUAUCGGACGAGGCGGAGAGUGUAAACAAGCGGCCAUCAUGAUGAACUGCUGGUCAAUUGGCGCUUUUCUCGUCCUUUUUCUGGGCUCGUUUUGCCUCUGGAACUGCCUCACGCGAGACGAACUGCUCGACUCGCCGGACUGGCACGGCUGCCGUGACCAGAAUGGAAAACCUGUGGACGAGUUCGUUGUCUACAAGUUGCCAAAAGACAGAAAUUCACCCUUUGGUCCUCUGCGUGAAGGGUCAGCCUACAUGUAUCUUACACCAGAAACUGCAGUCAGACUACAGAGUGGAGGAGUGUCAAGUGUGCUCAGUCAGUACAGUGAUUCAGCGAGUGGCUGGGUCCUUAGCAACAUAAGCAUUAACCAUGAACGGUCUAUGUUAGCUUGGACCCUUAGUCGGCUCUACAGUGAUCCUGAGCGACUGAAGAAUACAGCCUAUAUUAUGUAUAAUGAUGAGUUUCCAAACAACACCAAAAGUUUCACCAAAGGGCACACCAAAGGAGUGGUGUUACUGACAGAACUUGGAGGCUUUUGGCUCAUUCACUCCGUGCCCAAGUACCCUCCACCGCCAGAAGAUGGCUACUCGUACCCGUCUUCAGGGCAACAUUAUGGGCAGACCAUGUUGUGUAUCAGCUUACCUGCACACCAAGCUAACAAUGUUGGUCAGCUGCUGUUUUACAAUGAACCUUUCAUAUAUUCCUCUAAUAUGCCCAGUGCCCUGGAACAAAAAUUUGCCAUGCUGGACAGGGUCAUCCGGGGGGAUCAACACCCUCAAGGACCACAGUGGUUUCGGAUAGUUAAUCUCAUUUCUCAACGUGGAAAACGCUUUAUGGCAUUUGCAAAAUACAGGAAAUAUAAUGACGACCUGUACAGUGGUUUAGUGGCACCAGUGUUGAAGACAAACAUAGCCGUGGAGACUUGGAGGAACGGCCCCCAUCCCCUCCCAUCCUCUUGUAAUGGUUCAUACAGGGUAAUGAAUGUCCAAAGUGUGACAGCCAAGGCAGCUGCUACAAGCUUCUCAACGCACCAUGACCACAGCAAAUGGGCUGUGGCCACACAGCCUGAUUCGUCGUAUGUUUGUAUUGGGGACAUCAACAGAAUGGAGACUCAGUUCCAUCGAGGUGGAGGGACAGUGUGUAUGUGGAGCCUUAGCAUCUGGCACAGAUUCCACAGUCUGGUGCAGAGUGAGGAGGUUUGUCCCAUGACAGGGUGAGAUGGAAGCCAGAGAUGCAGUAGACCUGACACUGGAUCUCAUUUCUGAUUUGUCUGGUACAAGGUUAUGUCCUGAUCUAUUUGAUACGCCAAAUAGGUUUUACGAAAUGUGGAAAUUGUGAAUUAGUGGUAAUGCUUUUAUAUAUUUGUGUUCAAACUGAAAAUGGUCUCUCAAAAUUAGGAUAUAAAUGCUAGAAUUUCUGUACCUUAAAUAAUAAGAAAAGGACAAAGGAUGACUUGAUUAAUGUAUUUUUAAUUGUUCAAAGUAAUGCUCUUUUUUAUUAAUGUUUUGCAAUAAUUUUACUCAAAAAGGAAAGAAAUAAACAACUAUAUUGUGAGUUUAUGGAAUUCACGGAUCAAAAAUGGAAGAAGGUCAAUUUUCCUAAUAAGCAUGAUGUACAGCAAUAUUAUCCAGGUCAAAAAGCACUUUCCUGCUCCUCUGUUUAUUCUCGAUAAAACAAUUUCUAACUGAUAAUCAGAAUUAAUUUUCUUAGGGUAAUAAACUGUAUGAUAAUACACUUUAACAGUUUUGACAUUGCUAAGAGGAAAGUUCAAAUUCAUAAUUGCAAAAUUUUAAGGCAAGAAAUAUGUACCCAAGGCCCCCUUAUGCAUUCCUGAAGCUUUACAUUCUCAGAUUCAAUGGGAUAUAACUGAAGGAGGCCUUGACAGGUUUCAUUUGGAAAUUGAUAUUUUGUAAGUAGAGGUUAAAGUUAAAGAUUUAAAUAUAAUUUUUUUUUUUUUGAAGUCAGAUUCCUGUUAUUCCAGAAUCAAGCACAGGUUUUGGAACUUUCUAUAGUUCUACAGCACUAAAAGUUUUGUACAUGAAGCUAAGAGUAUAUCGUAACUUGCAAGUUUGCUGUAAAUAUUUUUGAUGUUUGUUGUUUCAUUGAUCGUAAGGUUGUAAUGGGAUUUGCAACUCGUGUCAUGUGUUUUCUUAGGGUUCAUGAUACUUAUAAACACUUACAAAGUUCACAGUUGUUGGAGUAUGUAUAUAAAUAUGCAUCUUACUGUAGAGUAUUUAAUCAUAUUGUACAAAAGUUGCUUGUUGUGUGCAAAGAUUUUAUGAAAAGGAGCUUUAAAAUUUGGCCAGUAUGUUACAUAGUCAUUUAUCUAACGUCAAGUAGAUAGACUUUAAUAAAACCAUGUUUUAUAUGUGUGCACCACAAACAGAACAGCUACUUUUUCAAUGAACAAUUUAAAGAAACACAUCAGAAAUCUAUAUAUAAAUAUGUAUAUAUAUAUAAAUAUAUAUAUAUGUGUGUGUGU